AUGCAAGCCGUUAUUUUCAAAGGUCCCCUCCAGGUUGCACUGGAGCAGCGCCCUAUACCCGAGAUUGUCGACCCUACCGAUGUCAUAGUCAAAGUCCAGUAUACUGCUCUCUGCGGUAGCCCUUUCACUUCAUCUACUGAGGUUUCCGAACGAACCAAAAGCGAACUUCAUGUUUUCCGCGGCCAUCAACCCUCCGGAUCCGAAUUUGUGAUGGGCCACGAAUUUACCGGUGAAGUCACAGCUGUAGGAUGUCAAGUCCGGAGGUUCCGUGUCGGUGAUCGCGUCGUUUCCCCCUUCACCAUCAGUUGCGGCGAAUGUUUCUACUGCAGGCAGGGUUACUCGUCACGAUGUGCUUUAUGCCUACUAUAUGGCACCGUGGCGUUGGAUGGCGCCCAGGCCGACUAUGUGCGAGUGCCUCUGGCGGAUACUACUCUGAUCGCCGCCCCAGCAGGUGUUGACGAAAAGAAACUUGUGUUGAUGGCCGAUAUCCUUCCAACAGGCUUCUUCGCAGCUCAGAAUGCCUUUAAGGACACAGUUACUGGAGUGGCACAAGGCAGUACAGUUCUCCUGUUUGGAUGCGGACCAGUUGGCAUCUGUGCUCUGAUCAGUGCACUUGAAUACAACCCGAAGCACCUUAUUGCCAUCGACAGCGUACCGUCCCGAUUGGAGCUCGCCCGGACGCUCGGGGCGGAACCGUGGAAUUUCCAAACUGAUGGAGAGAGUCUACGUAAAAGGGUGAUGGACCUGACAGAGGGACGCGGAGCAGACAUAGCUAUCGAAGUAGUGGGACAUAGCAGUGCCUUACGGAUGGCGUUUGAUCUUCUGCGACCUUGGGGACGCAUCUCCAGCGUAGGGGUGCACAAUGGCGAGAUUCCUUGGACGGCCAAUGAGGCGUAUAACAAGAACCUCCAGAUCCAGAUGGGACGGUGUCCUGUUCGCAGUAUUUUCGAGGAUGCCCUCGCACUGCUGAUCAAGAAGCAGGAUGCAUUCGACUUCAUGGUGACCGAUAUCCGACCUCUGUCGCAGGCGCUCCAGUCAUACGACGAUUUCAACCAGACCAAGACUCAGAAGGUCAUAUUCGAGGGAGGAAAAUAACAUGGUUCCUAGGAGGAUUCCAAACGAAUCGUGCUUGAUCACCCUGAUGUCACUUUAAGCUUUCCAUGUUCUUGAUCAUGUUACUAGUGUGCUCCCAUACAAUUUAAUCAGUGGACAAGAGUUUUCGGUAUGAUAUGCUGUCAGAUUUGUGAACGCGGCGCGGUCUCGCGGUCUCCGUUGAAGCUCAAGUUUAUGGAUUUCCUCCCACCGAUGUUGCAAGAUUGUUGGUGAAAGUAAAUGAAGGUCCAGGUAUUGCUGAAAUCAGAU